CACAGGCACACAUUUGUUAAGUAAUGAUUUUGUCAUAAUCUUAAUGGGACAGUUUAUUCAAGAGCAAAAAGAUUCCUCUAGCAGCACAAGAAAUCAGCUUACACUUCAGCGCUGAGAGUAGUGUGUUUUGGGGCAAAUGGUCUUGUCCCCCAGGGCCGAGGGCAGGAACAUGGGCAUUUCGCACUAUUUUGGUGACAGGCCUGGGGGAAGGAGGGCGUGCAAAAUUAACUGUACUGUUCAGCACUUCUACAGACAAGAACAUUACUAAGUGCCUAACGAUGCUGUUUGCAAAAACAUCAGUGCAUGAAUUCUUUAUGACUUACACAAGAUGUAACAAAAUGUUGCUUUUAAGUCCAUACACAGUUUUGUGCAAUUUAUUUCUAAAAAGGAAAAAAAAAAAAAAAAAAAAAAGGAAAAAAAUCACAAUUUUAAAGCAAAGAGUGGAAAUGGGUAAGUUGCUUUCUGCAAAACAAAACAAAACAAAACAAACAAAAAAACUGUGUGCAUGUUUAAUACAAAUCAGACAUAGUGGACAUACAGAAGUCACAACCACAAGCCAGUUCAGCUGAGGUAUGCAAUAAUGUGUUCGACACUGGAAACAUUUCAGAUCUCAGACUGCUCCCCUAAAAGCAGGCUGCCCUGCACCGAGCCACUUGGAAGGAAACUGAUGACCCUGUGGCUAAAGCAAGCCCGGGGGCGAUGGCAAACCAGGAUUUGAGUUCCGAUGCUCCACAAACUCCUGGCGUUAUCUCGGAUCAAGGCAUCUCUUCACCCCACGAGCAGACACCAGGCCUCUCCAUCUCCGCAGAUAUUCGGCACACCGGGGCUGCCACCUACCAGUGAAGGUCUUCGGGACAUUUCUGGCGCUCUGCCGUGACAGUACAACUGCGGCACUCCCCGCUGCCGGCCGGCUCCUUCCUCGCCGGGGGACCUUCCUCGCCCAGCAUCGGAGUUGCCACCCGCUGGUCCCCAGCCCCGGCCCAGCGCAGCCACCGCGGCGGCCCCGACCGCUCCCUGCCGACGGGGGGGUCCUGGCAGCUACCCCUGUCCGCCUGCUGGGCCGGGCCGGGCCGGGCCGGGCGGGCCCGCCCCCGGGCUAUUUAGUGCUCGGCACGGCCAGCCACGCUCCGCCACCGGCGGGGCUGCACGGCACGGCACGGCUCGGCUCGGCUCGGCUCGGCUCGGGACAGCUCGGCUCGGGACAGCUCGGCUCGGGACAGCUCGGCUCGGGACAGCUCAGCUCGGGACAGCUCAGCUCGGGACGGGACGGGAGCGGGCUGCCAGCGCCCUCGAGCGGCACUGGGGCUGAGGAGGGACAGCCCAGCCCUUGGGCAGAGCCGAGCUCUUCCUCCGGGUGCUGGGCAGGGCUGCUGCCGGCUCCGCGCCGGCGGGGCGGGACGGGGCGCGCACCCCUCGCCCUGCCCAGCCGAGGAACGCGGACACCGGCUUCGAGAGCUGGGAGAAGAGCGGCAGCAGCGGGAGCGGCCGCGGCCGGAUGUGCUUGUGGCCUCUCUGAUCUUCUGACGCUAGCCAUCACUGAAGAACUGUACACAACAGAACGCAAAGAUCAAUUCACAAAGUUAGCAGCUGGGAAGUAGAAGAUAUCAAAGGCAUCGAGAAUAUCUAGAUAACAGAAGAGUAUAUCUACUCAGCUUCAAAAAGCACAUGUACUGGAAUUUUGAAACACUCUAAUCGUGGCAAUAUAGAAGAUUUAAAUGAAUUUUAACUCUGAAGGCUCUGUACAUGUCUUGUGCCAAAGUUUAAGCAAAUAAAAGUAGCUCAUUUAUUAAAGACAAAUUAUCAAAAAAAGAUACUUAGGCAUAAAGUGAAGGUUUGCUAUAUGUCCAGCCUCAUCUCCUCCUACUUCCAGUUUAAUUUCAAAUUUGAUAUGGCAAACAGCAACAGCAAGCAUGCACAAAUAAUCUGGCUUCUCCAACUUAAUGAACAACAGCUCUUGUGUAUGUUUCCUAGGCACUUGAAUGACUCCUAAUCUUCAGCGUAUAUCAAUAUAUUCAGGUUGUAUAUCAACCAUAGAUUGAUAUACAUUUGAGAGUUUGCUAGAUGCUUAUUAAUCAAAAAAAUCCCGUUGUAUUUUUUUUUUCCCUGAAAUUGUAUUAAUUUGUAUUUGAAAUAAAAUAUAUGCCCAUCUUUAAGGGUUUGAAUAUAUGUAAGCCUAAAUUGGGUAGAAAGAGAUUACUUGUUACAUAUAAUUUUAGCAACAACCUACCAAUGAAAACAUAGGCACUAGCUACGGCCUUAGGAGUUAUUUGUGACUCUCUGUAUCAGCCAGAGGUGUAUACUGACCGGAGCUUUUUUUACUGUUUGGAAUACCAAAUCCAACUGCUAUAUUCAAACUAUUAGAUAUAGUUUGUAAAUAAUCACUGUUUCGUUUCAAACUAUUUAGUACAAAAUAUGAUCGUAAGUUUUUUUAUUAAGACACUUUAAAUUGGUUUGCCAGUAUGUAGUUUAUGUUAUGGUUCAUGAUCAUCUAUUUAAUAAGAAACUCAAACAAUGAGGACUGAAAUUUCUUCUCCAAAUUCCAGGGUCAGAAUUACAAGGAGCCCCAAGGAGUACCUCUGCAAACAUUUUUGGAUUGGUUCAUGGAAAUUGCUUCAAUACUUUUCAUAGAAGAUCCAUGACAUUUCACAUUUGAUAUUACUCCUAUGUAGAAUGAUGUAAAAAUGCAUUAUUUAGGGAAAUCCUAAAAGGGAAAUUGAUAAGCUGAAGGACAGAUUAGUUUUAUUAAUUUAUUUUGGGACUACAGUGACUGAGCAUAUUUCUUUUCUUUUCCGUAGUUCCGGAAAUAAAAGUCACAAAGCAACCCAACAAGUUUUCAUCCAGGAGUGUAAACCAAGAUUGAAUUUCCAAGGCCUGGGCACCUUCUCUGAUUUUAAUUCUCUGUACUUGAGCAAAAGAUGACAAAAAACGCAACAGAGAACUUGACUAACACUCACUCAGCUCUCCUAGGUCUGCUUCUGGGUAGCAUUUCACUGAUCACUGUUGUCAUGAAUAUAUUAGUACUAUGUGCUGUGAAAACUGAAAAGAAGCUGCAAACAGUUGGCAAUUUAUACAUUGUCAGCCUCUCUAUUGCAGAUCUUAUAGUUGGUGCAGCUGUUAUGCCCCUUAAUAUUGUUUAUCUCCUAAGCAGCAGUGGGUGGACCCUGGGUGUAACAGCCUGUUUGUUCUGGCUGUCAAUGGAUUAUGUGGCCAGUACUGCAUCUAUUUUCAAUCUCUUCAUAUUAUGCAUAGACCGUUAUCGUUCAGUCCAGCAACCACUGAAAUAUCUCAAGUAUAGAACAAAAAUGAGAGCAUUAGUAAUGAUUUUGGGGGCUUGGUUGUUGUCUUUCUUGUGGGUCAUCCCAAUACUAGGGUGGCAUGUUUUUGCUGGUAAUGGGACAAGGAGAAGAACAGAAAAGUGUGAAACUGAAUUCUCUGAAGUCAACUGGUUCAAAGUGUUCACAGCCUUUGUCAAUUUCUACCUACCCUCUAUCCUGAUGUUAUGUUUCUACUGCAAAAUAUUCAGAGCUGUUCGAAAGCACUGCCAACACCGAGAGCUAAUCAAUAGAUCAUACUUGUCUUUCUCUGAAAGCAAAAGCGUACAUCCUGGUAAGACAAAGGACAAGCAAAAUAUUUGCCUCCAAAAGCAAAUCUUAGAUGUGAACACACCUCCCAAAGACAAGCAAAGGUCCCCUCAGCCCAAAAAUAUGGAAGCAAAGCUUCAUUUCAGUGAUCCUGACAGCUCUUCAAAAGUCUUCGUUAGCAGGAGUGAUAGCAAAGUCCUUAAAUGGAGCUGUUUCCCUCUCACCACUGCCCAGUCUGAGCCAGGCCUGGAUAAAACAGGAGAGAAGAGUGUAACAAAGGACAUCAAAAAUGAAGAGGACCUUUGCUCACAGGACAGUGACUUAAGUGAUGCAUCAGACAGCCAAACUUUCACAGAGGAGGUACCUUGUGGAGAGGAGUCCAGUCCUAACCCUGAAAGAGCCUGCAGUCCUCAGGAAAAGACAGAGAACAGGGACUUCAAAGGACUUACUUACCUGAGGAAAACCUGGCAAAGACUGCAUACUCGUUCCAAAAACCAUCUUCGAAGACUGCAUGUGAACAGGGAGCGGAAAGCAGCUAAGCAGUUAGGGGUCAUAAUGGCAGCCUUUAUGCUGUGCUGGAUUCCCUAUUUUGUAUUAUACAUGGUAAUAGCUUUCCACCCCCAUGAACAAUAUUCCAAGUUACACAUGGUCACUAUAUGGCUUGGCUAUGUGAAUUCCACCUUAAAUCCGUUCCUGUAUCCUCUUUGUAACCAUAAUUUCAAAAAGACAUUCAAAAAGAUCCUUCACAUUCCCUGAUAAUGGUCUGAUUUAUUUUGAGCUAAAAAGCAUCUCAUAAAUUCAAUCAAACAAAACGUUCCAUUUUCAAAGGCUGGAUAAAAGUGAGGCAUGGAUAAAGUAGAAGGCUUUGGAAAACUGUAAUUUAUAAAAGAAGUCUUUGUACAAGUGGGAAAUGUGCAUACAACACCUUUAACACAUUUGAAGAAGACCUAAUUCCAACCAGGAAUCUGAAAAACUCAGGGGUCAAUCUCAGAACUGUUACACUAUUGUACAUAUUUUACAAUUUGAGAUUCUCUCUUUCAUCACGUAGAACAAAACUGGAGAUAUGAAAAGAGAUCUUCAGUGAUUAUAAAUUAUUCAGCUAAGGAAAAGGCAGAAAUAGAAUGUGGUUUCUGUGAUUGGUCAAGAAUUUUUUUUCUCAUUUAGCUUACUGUUUUAAACAUGGGAGCACACUGCUUGAGAAGAGAGAUCUUCUGCAGGAAGAGGUACUUUGCAUAGCCAAAAAAGAACAUUCUACUGUUUGAAAAAUCUGACCUAUUUAUUUAUAUCUUCCUUCAAAUCAUACACUUUUUGGAAAGCCAUAUUGUAACAUACCGUUUCUCUUUAAUAUCAUGCUUGCUUCAUUUACACCAGUAACUGUCAACUUCACUGGAAAGAGUAGUAUUUUUAUGUCCUAGACAUUUUGCUAAGACUUUCCAAACUCAUCAUAGUAUCACUAUUCAAGAAGGAUAGGCUGUUGCCUCUGAACUUACAGAAUGCAGUUAAUUCUGGACUACAUGUAUUUUCUUCUUCCUAUGCCUUGGCAAAUAGCCUAAGCUUGCAGUGGCAAUACCAGUUCAUAUAUAUCUUUGUCUUACAAUAGGCAAACUCUUCUGACUAUAAUGAGGCAGAGUCAUGAGCAACAACUCAAGCUUGCAAAACAGGAAAUAAAAUACAUGAAGUAUUUUUAACCCUUUCUAUCCUUUAUAUUUAAUUGCAUAUUAUAAGUCAUGCUGUAAAUGCUGUUAAAUAUUUCAGGAGAAGCAUAGAAUGAUACUUAAUACUUCAGGUUGGAAGGAGUCUCAGGAAGACAUCUAAAUACAACCUACAACUCAAAGCUGUGCUAGCAUUGACAUUACAUCAGGUUGCUCAGGGUCUCAUCCAGAACUUCAACGGCACGCAUCUGUGAAAAGAGCUUCUUUGGAAAGAUUGGAAGACGGCACUGGCAGAGGUGUUUGCAGAUACAUUUCACUCUACCAGCUCCAGGCUUUCCUUUGCUCAGCCAUUGAUUUAACUGUUUCUAAGUAUGAACACUAAUUCUCAAAAGCAGACGUGCCCUUUUAUAUAGCAGCAAUCAAUCCCCUCUCCCUACGUGCAGUGAGGUAUAGGGUACUUCCCAAUCAAGGGAGAAAAAUGUAGUUCCUUAGCAAAGUACGUAGUGAAAUAUGUUACAUGAGCUAACUUAUCAGGAAGCUGACAAUUUAACAGAACAGUUACACCAAAAUAAGUGAGUCUAUGGACUGGGGAGAGAGAAGGAGAAUUGAGGCCAAGGAGAUGUCUGGCCCUAUAUUAGUCGAGUAUGUCAAGACCACAUGCUACCAGGUUUGUGGCACUCCAGGAAAGCAUUCAUUCUUAUUCUUCUGGGAUGGAGCUGAGAGAAACAUUUUGGGCAAACAGUGUCUGACCUUUGGGGCAAAAUUGCUAUGGGAGUACCUUUACACUGUUAGUUUUAAGAAGAAAUCCCAGAACCAGAAACUUCAGCAGCUGAAGUCAUGUUUGCAUAUAAUGGUGAGUUUAUGUAUGCAUUUUUCCAUAAGUUUGGGGAUGAUUGGGGCAUCCUAAGGGUUUAAUGUACAAAGAAUAUCCUCUCGCUGUCAUUUUGCUGUGUUCAUAAAUUUAUCACAUCCUGAAUAUUAGCUUGCUUCAGAAAUUGCUCAGUUAGCUUCACAACAAAGGUCUGAUGGAACUGGAGCUGUUUUAACUGAGCACUGUCAAGAGUUUGUUGGGAAAAGUUAAAGGGAUGUUCUGUGUAAUGUGUUUAUUACUUCAGAAAAAAAAAUGGUUGUUUAAUGGUUGUAGGAAAAAUUCUGAAUUCUGUGUUAAUAAUUAUGGAUCUUGAGCUACUUAGAGUCUCUCUGUGCCACAUGUGCCUAUUUUGUAAAGUGAAUAUGACAAGACCUACAGUAACAAUGUGACAGUUAAGGUGACUGCAUGAUGCUUGUAAACUCUGGAUAUAAUACACUAACUAAAUGCAAAGUAUUAUUGUCCUCUGUCAGUUUUAUAUGUCUGAAUUACAUGUCUGAAUGUCAAUAGUUGUAUUUAAAGUAUUCAAUAUUAAAUGAAGCC